AAGGAGAAAAAAAGAAGAUGAAACGGUGAAACUUUAAUCUUUAAAUCCCCCACCAGCAUAGCAUCUUCCUUUCUCUCUCGCUCUUUCUCAUCUACGGACUCCAGUGAUCAAUGUGUCUUUUCUCUACAUUUGAUCUUCAUUUGACUUUUCUUCUUUCCUCGUUCAUCUUUCAAAACCGAGGCUUCGACAAAAACAAUCAUCACUUCCUUAUCUUCUUUCUUUAAAACCCUCUGCAAACAAAAGCUAUAGAGAGAGACCACUUUUCUCUAUUUGCAACUCUUUCAGGCAACACUCUUGGUAACAGAAGUGGAUUGGAUCUGGUGUGGUGUGAUAGAGAGAGAUGAUGAUGUUUAACGAGAUGGGCAUGUAUGGAAACAUGGAUUUCUUCUCUUCGACGUCUCUUGGAGAAACGGAUGUGUGUCCAUUUCCAAAAGAUCAUCCAGUGGUUGAAGAUGAUUACACAGACGAUGAGGUGGAUGUUGAUGAGCUGGAGAGAAGGAUGUGGAGAGACAAAAUGCGUCUAAAACGCCUCAAGGAGCAGCAGAGCAAGUGUAAAGAAGGAGUGGACGCGUCGAAGCAGCAGAGACAGUCACAAGAGCAAGCUAGGAGGAAGAAAAUGUCGAGAGCUCAAGAUGGGAUCUUGAAAUACAUGUUGAAGAUGAUGGAAGUUUGUAAAGCUCAAGGCUUUGUUUACGGUAUCAUCCCUGAGAAAGGCAAACCAGUGACCGGUGCUUCUGACAAUCUGAGGGAGUGGUGGAAAGAUAAAGUCAGGUUUGACCGUAAUGGUCCAGCCGCCAUUGCCAAGUACCAAGCAGAGAACAAUAUUGCUGGAGGGAGUAAUGAUUGUAAUAGUUUUGUUGGACCAACACCACACACACUUCAGGAGCUUCAAGACACAACUCUUGGAUCGCUUUUGUCGGCGCUGAUGCAACACUGUGAUCCUCCGCAGAGACGGUUUCCUUUGGAGAAAGGUGUUCCACCGCCGUGGUGGCCUAAUGGGAGAGAAGAGUGGUGGCCUCUGCUUAGUCUGCCUAGUGAUCAAGCUUCUCCUCCUUAUAAGAAGCCUCAUGAUUUGAAGAAAGCUUGGAAAGUCGGUGUUUUGACUGCCGUUAUCAAGCACAUGUCGCCUGAUAUUGCGAAAAUCCGUAAGCUUGUGAGGCAAUCGAAAUGCUUGCAGGAUAAGAUGACAGCGAAAGAGAGUGCCACUUGGCUUGCCAUUAUCAACCAAGAAGAGGUUGUGGCUCGGGAGCUUUAUCCCGAGUCAUGUCUUCCUCUUUCUUCUAAGUCUGUGGGAAGUGGAUCUCUUCUCAUCAAUGAUUGUAGUGAGUAUGAUGUUGAAUGUUUUGACAAGGAACAGCAACAGAGUUUUGAUGUGGAAGAGCUCAAACCUGAGAUAGUGGUGAGUAUGAAUCGUCCAACAAGCUUUGGGAUUUGUAGAAUGCAGCAGUUUCCUGUAAAGGAAGAAGUCGUGGCCACCGUGGGAAACUUGAAGAGGAAGCAGAACAAUGAUCUGAAUGUGUUGAUGAUGAUGGAGAGACCAGGUUUCACUUGUGAGAAUGGUCAGUGUCCUCACAGCAAAAUCAAUCUUGGUUUCCAGGACAGGAGCUCAAGGGACAAUCACCAAAUGGUUUGUCCAUAUAGAGAUAAUCGUUUAGCGUAUGGAGUGAGGCCAGUAGUUGUAUCGCAACAGUCACAACCCUUUCCUCAGCCAGUCCAACCCAUCGACCUAUCAGGCUAUGGAGUUCCGAAAAAUGGGCAAAAGAUGAUCACUGAGCUAAUGGCUAUGUAUGACAGAAAUGUCCAGAGCAGCCAAGCUUCAAAUCAAAGCAUGAUCAUUGAUUCAACAGCAGCUCAGAAUUAUCAAGAACAACAGCUUUGUUUCAACCGCAAUCAGAUGUUUAUGCAACAAGGGAACAGUGAGAUUAACAAUCAGUCUCAGAUGGUGUUUGAUUCGACCUCGUUUGAUAUUUCAUCAUUCGAUUACAAAAAUGACUGGCAAGCCGGAGUUAUGGAAGGAAUGGGGAAGCAGCAGCAAGAUGUAUCAAUAUGGUUCUGAGUUUAAUCUCUUCUCUGCAACAUUCUUUCUUAUUAACUGUAUAAUUAAACUCCAUGUUACUUAACUUCUUGGAGUUUAUAUUCUAUUGGCACCAACGCUCAUCUAUAUUGUUGAUGAUGAUGAAGCCAUCUUCUUUCUUUUUUUUGUGUGUGUGUGAAGUCAUUGAGUCAGCUUAUGUUUAAUAAACUCAUUAUCAUUUGGUCAUCUUUGUCAA